GGACACUGGCAAAAAGGAUAACAUAUCAAGAUGCAACUAGUUCUGUCCGCAUUGAUUUUUUCUGCCUUUUUUAUAGGAGGGCUGUGUACAAGGACUAGAAGACAAAUCGACAAUUUGCUCGACGAUGAGGAGGAAGAUUAUAUUCUGACGGCACAAACGUCCACAAUCAAAAAUCCUCCAUCAAGGUAUGCGUCCUCCAUCGAAAGCGAAGCCGGAACUAUUGACUCUGAUUCAGCAGUUAAACCAGGCAUCGUGGAUCCUCAAGUACAAGGACUAAAUAUUGGACUGUACUUUGUACUGCAAGAUAUCAACAGGAGAAUUAUUUACGGCCAUAAAAUACCGUUGGAAUCUUUGAUCAAGGUGCUUGUGCUGACAUUCAAGAUUCAAAAUGCCGGUGGAGUUAUCCUCGGUAUGAACAAGGACACGCUGGCAAAAGUUGCAGCUUUGUAUCCCAAGCCUCUAAAAGAAGCGAUUGCCCAGUGAAAAAGAGUGGGACAGAAAAGCAAAUGGAAGAGGAUUCAAAUACUAAGAUGGAAAUUAUGGAAUGUAUUUUUGUGUGAAAAAGAAAUCAUCGACACAGCGUAUACAUAAUAUCCAGAUAGUCCACAGGUUUCUUGAUUAGAUGACUGUUGACCCUCGAAAAACAAGCUUCUGCUAUUUGGCCUUCAAUUUAAGAGAUACAGUAGAACCUCGUUUAUCCGGCCUUCGUUGAUCCGGAUUUCUGGAUAAUCCAGAUCAAAUUCGUAGCCUUUUCCAAAAUAGUUAUGUUCACAUAUGAGGCAGUAAGAAGCAAAGGGGCUUAAGUGGACGUUUUCAAGUUUUGAGUAAAACGCGUAUAAGAUAACGUCCUAGAUAGGCUUUCAUUGAUUUUUUUUCUAAAUCAUGCAGUACAGAAGCACCUACCAGGGCUACUUGUACCAUCUCUUGCCUCAAAGUCGUAGGAAAGGUUCCCCUACUAUUUGUAC